UUUUUUUUUUUUUUUUUUUUGUGGACCGAGGUGAUCGAUCCUCGAGGCGAGAGAUGGGGGUGAAGAAUUUCAUCAUGAAAAGGAUACCCUUCUGCAAGAUGAAGGCGAAGAGGAAAUACCAUGGGACGAACACGGCGACGCCAGUGCAAAACAACGCGCCGACGGAGCACACAGGGGGUGAUUUCGAUAACGCGAGCGUCGGAAGUGGGAACUCGAAUCUCAGUACAGGCGCGUUACAGGUGCAAGUGUCGGUGCUGAAAGAGGAGAAGCGAAAUCUGCUGCGACGAGUGGACGAGCUGAACAGAACGAGGCAAUGCAACGAGAGCGUAUUGCACAGGCACCGGAGCCAGUCGUUCUCGGAACAACGUGGUGGCUCUCAGCGAAAUCUGAGGAACGCGGCCGCUACUCCGACCAGAGACAUGGGAACGAUGUGCGGCGCGAUGACACGGGACGUCGGUGUUUCGCACCAGCAGGUUCGAACCCGAGAUAUCGGCAUGAUAACGAGCACGCCGAUCAAACGAUCCCUGCAACGGAGUCGAUUGCAGAUCGAAGAAAUCGUACCUGAAAUUAAAGACCAGAUCACAUUGUUCGACGAUCGAACGUCACUGAGCCUCGAUAAACUGUACUCGAGCGAUUCUCGCGACAGUUGGAGGUCGACCGUAACUCGUAACCAGCUGAUGUACGAGAACGCGACGCCGGAAAUGAAGAUGAGAAAUCGUUUGAAAAGAAGUCCGCUUCAGAUGGAAUCGAUACCACCGACGAGUCCGAAACUGGUCCGAGAUACGAGGAAAUUUCGCGACGUUGGAGUGAACACGCGAAAGAUAGUGAGAUACCUGGUACACAGCCGAUUUAUGAUCGAAGAUAUAGCGCCGGAAGUGAAGAAAGAGGUGACGAAAAGAUCGUGCGGUACAGCAACAGGGUUAAACAUGAAAGACGUCUUAACGAAAGAGGAUGUCGCGAUCAUCGUGGACGACGCUCUCAGGAUUUAUAAGAGCACGUUGAUGAAAGACACCAUUUCCAGAGGUUGCCAAUGUAACCUAGAUCUGGCUAGGAAAAAGAUCGAGAAGAGGGAUCAUUCCGCUCAGGUGGCGGUGCCGUUAAAACUGAAGACGAACGUGGGGGUGAUGGUGAAACCGAGGGUCUCCGAAAUUGGGAUCGAGGUGAGAACUGGCCCGGGGACGAGGACCAUCGGCGUUGGUCCCGACCCGCUUCUAACGCAAUCGUUAUCUUUGCUUUCGAUGAACUCGAGAAGUCACUCGUUUAAUUACGGCGACAACAAGCCGAAGAGGAAAACUACGAAAUCGGUCAGCGUGAUGGUGGACGAUUUGGUGAGGACCACGGUGAAGAGUACCGACACUUCCGGCCUUGCGCCUAGGAAACGUGAGUUUGGCACCUCGCCGAUAAAAAAGAAAUUCGCCGACGUCUCGGUCGGCGAGUCGGUCAAGCCGCACAUUUCUAUCUCGUGCGCUGCCAACUAUUGCGAUAACUGCAAGGAGACCAUCAAGAAUUUGGCCAAGCAGAUCGUCAACAACGCGGAGAACAACAUGAAUCAUCAAAACACGAAUCUCGUCUCGAGGAUACCGAGACCGUCUCACAUACCGUUGAACAAUGCUAUAGAUUAUAGGAGGCAAAUCAAGCGGCAGGAUACCUACACGAAGAUACCAGCUGCCGGUGUGAUUCGAUACGAUUCCGAUAACAAGGAACAAUAUGACAACAGCAAUCGCAUCCAACAGUUGCAAGGGGAGAAACGAAAAGAUGACAAAUCAGAAAUAUAUAAUACAGAGAAACAAACAGAUGACGAAGAAAAACAUGAACUUCCAGAGUCUGCGUUAUUUCAACCUAUACAAGAGAAACCCAGGAAAAAAGUUGAACCUUCGAAAGAGAUGCAAGCCGCCAUGAAGGUUCUGAAUGACAGUCUCAAAAAAUUUCCUAGCAAAAACAUUUCUCAUCAAAUGAAAAAUGCUAUCAACAUUAUCCAACAAGAAUGGUUCAAAGUCUCAAGCACAGUGAAUGCCAAUCCCUUAGAAGUAGAAGAUUAUUUAGAUUGUUUUGAAGAAUAUUCAAGUUCUUUAUUGGAGUAUAUUGUUAACAUGACUGAUUCAAGUGGGAAUACUGCCAUGCAUUAUGCAGUAUCUCAUGGAAAUUUUGAUGUUGUAUCUAUACUUCUUGAUUCAAAAGUUUGCGAUAUUAACAAAGCAAAUAUGGCUGGAUACACAGCUGUAAUGCUGGCAGCUCUAGCCGAAGUCAGAAAUUCCACUCAUGCUUCAGUGGCUAACAGGUUAUUCCAACUUGCAGAUGUUAAUAUUAGAGCAAAAUUACAUGGUCAAACUGCCUUGAUGUUGGCAGUAUCUCAUGGUCGUAAAGACAUGACUCAACUACUGCUGAAUGCUGGAGCAGCAGUUAACAUUCAAGAUGAAGAUGGCAGUACAGCUUUAAUGUGUGCCGCAGAACACGGACACACUGACAUUGUACGAUUGUUACUUGCGCAUCCAGACUGUGAUCCAUCGAUCGUUGAUAUAGAUGGUAGUUCCGCUCUAAAAAUUGCAUUAGAAGCGGGCAAUCGAGAUAUCGGCGUGUUACUUUACGCCCACGAGCGCGUGAAUAGAGGAACAAGUCCAUACUCAUCGAUGAGACGUAGAAGAGGUUCUAAACCAACAACACCUACUGGCCCUUCCCCUUCAGCCCCAGUAAGCCCAGCUCCAUCUCGACGAAUCCAUUCUUCAACAGUUUCCCUGAACACCUCAAAAUAUUCUGCUAAAUAAUUCACGAUAUCCGAAGACUUUUUUUUUUAACAUACUAUCAAAUAGUUUGCAUUAUAAUCCUAUCGUAUAAGUAAGCAACAAUACAAUCGGCGUUCCGUGUUUCCUAUAUUUAUUGCUAACGUGUUUUAGUAUUUAUCGUCGAUUUACGAUAUUUUACAGUGUUAACUUUUUAGGAUAAAACAAUCAUGUUCUUGCCCAAUCAUUCAUCACUUUCGGCGCAAGCAUUUAAUUUAAAGUGUCUAUUUAACUGCUCAACUUUGUAUACAAUUAUUCAAGAAAAGUUUGAGAAUGUUUUGUAAAGUUAGUUGAUAGGAAGGGUAUAUGUGAAACACGUUGUUUCGCACCGUUAGUAGAUAGGAGGGAUUUGUAUAAAGUUUGAAACAUCUUUCUAGGUGCUAUUGAAAUGAAAAGAUGAAUCCAUUUUCAUUGUUGAUAAAUUUUAUACGUCGCGAGAGAAUAUGAAACGGUCGGUAAUUAAAAUGAUUACCUUCAAAAUUUCAUUUUAAAAUUUUUAGAAAUCAUAUGUGAAAGUACAAAAAAAUUUCUUAUAUAUAAAUACGAGCCACAGUGAAAGAAUCAAGUACGUAAUGUCUUCCAACAUCCUGUGGCAUUGAACAUUCCAAAAAACGAAUCGACAAAAAAUCUGAAUUUCUUGUCGCAGAAAGUUUUUCUUACACCUACUCUAUAACAUAUUCGACUGUCAGGCCUAAUUUCUGUUAAAUCCUAGGGAUCAAACUAUCAGUAGAAUAAUUGUGUACUGAUACAAAUAGUGGGAAAUAAUACAUGUGUAAUGAUUACGUGGUGCACAAACGCGAGAUUUGUAAUUUUCGCGAUUAAUGUUGAAUUUAUGUACGGAGAAAUUUGUAGAACUUAUUGAUGAUCGUUCGAUGUUAAAUGUUAUAGAUGUGAAAGUAUAAAUAUAACAUCCGUGGAUAACAAUAAAAUAUCGAAUGGCAUACGAGGGAAAUCUACUGACAAUGAGUUUAAUAGUUGUUGACAUUAUUUCAGGGUACAGUAAAUAUAUAUAUAUAUAUAUAU